AUGGAGCUAGAGGAACCGGCUGACACUACCACCCUGAGUUAUUGGUUGAACUGGAGAGUCUUGCUAUGCGCAAUUUGGGUACUAACACCUAUGGUUUUAGCAUCAUUGAUGAUGUGGAAAUAUGAACGCCCCAACAUGCAUUUAACAUCUGACAGAAGAGACACUCAUCAGGGUCUAAAUCAGCCUUUCUGCGACAAUGAAGCAUGGAGACCUUGUUUCAAACAAAUCCACCCCGUUUGGUUGCUCGGUUUUCGGCUUUUCUCUUUCUUGUUACUUUUGGAAACGUUGAUUUUCAAAGUUCUUAUCAAUGGAGGUCGCAUAUUCCUCUAUUAUACGCAAUGGACUUUUACCUUGCUUACUGUUUAUUUUGGGUGUGGAUCGCUGCUCUCGGCUUAUGGUUGUUUCCAGUAUAUCAAUCUAAGUAGAUCAAGUGUUUCUAAUGUUGAAACAGAUGCAGAACAUGGAUCAUACAUGCCUCUCGUGUGUGAGGAAGCCACAAAUGGAGUCCGAAAAAGAAGCAUCUCUAAUCCGCAAGGGGAAGAUUUGAUGAAUGCUGGGGCAGUGAUGCUUACUGAUUCUGUUUAUUGGUUAAUUAUAUUUCCGUUUCUCACCAUCCAAGAUUACAAUCUAAAUUUUAUGACAAUUGACAUGCGUACAGUUAAUGUCAUUUUACUGCUUGGCGAGACAGCUUUAAAUUGCUUGUGGAUCAUUCAUGCCUGCAUAUCGAUCUGGCGGCCAUACCCUUUUCUUGACUUGGCAUCUCCCUCUGCUCCUUUAUGGUACUUGUUGAUUGGAAUUAUGCACAUACCAUGCUAUGGAAUAUUUACCUUGAUUGUGAAAAACGAAACACUACUUUUUGGCAAAAUGGUUUCCUUCUUCUUGUCAGUAAGUACUAAAGAUUAAAACCCGGGUUUGGUUGAAUUUUUACAGGUUAAUUCCGUCUCAAAGUGA